UAAACCCGGCUUAAGAUAUUGUUCAAUCAAUUGAAAAUAUCUGUAGUUUUAAAGUAUAUGUAAAAAUUUGGCUUGUUAGCUAAGGUACUUUGGGGAUACGUAUUUUCUAUCAGAGAAUCGGAAGCAUAUGUUAUAGGAAAACAUAUUUCUACAUGAAUACCGGGAAAAAAACACGCUGUUUCUCUGCACCGGAUGUGAAUAAGCGUUGAACGGAUGAAGCGAAUGAGAUACUCAAUAGAUGUGUCGAUUACCAAACAUGAAUUUACCUACAGAACCGGUUGUUCACGACGACGACGUCAAGACCGAAAAACCCCAUUGAAGAAGUUCAAUUUCCAAUAGAUUCAACUAAUUGUUUUCCAUCGGUCUAGUGUGUUAGUGUGUCAUUUAUUUUAUUUUCCUCUCCGAAUGCAAAAAGCGCGAUCACGUACAGAUUCGUUUGCAAAGCUGGAAAUUGUCGAAGAUAAAAUAUUAAAGUACCAGCAAGGUAGUAUUGAAACACACACAUAAAACCUGAAUCGGUGUCCGAUGGUUUAGCACAUAUUUACCUGACUUAGUGGAGUCAGUUGAGCUUGGAUGUCUCUGAUGCUCGUACGUGGAAAAUAAACAUCGAAGAAAUGAGCGCUUGGAGUCGUCCGCCAACAGUCAACUAUCCCCGUGUUUGGCACACAUUCCAAGCACGUGAUCUGGAGGGCGAUCGUAUGGUAACUUAUCGAAUAGAAGAUCUUCCCGAGAAUCGUGUUGAGGAUGCUAUUACUCACAUGCGGAAUAUUUUUCUUCGCGACGAACCAAUGUGUGGGAGUGUCGGCCUAUACAAAGAUCCAAUUGGGUUGGAGGAAUUCGGCCAAAUGUGGCGAAACAUUGCGGCCCAAAAGUGUGCCAUUGUUUGCUUCCGAGAGGGAUCGGAUGAUAUUGCCGGGCUUAACAUGUUGACUGUGGUGUCCAAGGAUGCUAACAAGGACUACAAGUUCAAAAGUGAACCCCUCCGGCUUGUGUACGAAGCGUACGUGGGACUCGUCAAACAAGCCAACAUUUUCGAACGUUACGGCGUGGAUCACUACUUGUCGGCGUGGGGUUUAUCGGUACAUCCAAACUACCGAGGUCGAGGCAUCGCAACGGAACUUCUGCGGGCACGCAUUCCCAUCUGCAAGGCGAUGGGACUCACCCUAAGCGUGACUCUAUUUUCGAAUCCUGGCUCGCAGAUUCCAGCGGCGAAGGUGGGCUUCUUCGACGAGAUUGUCGUUACCUACAAGCAGCUGGAGGAGCAAGGUUAUUAUUUUCCUGGGUUCAGUUGUGAACUAAAUAAGCUGAUGACACUGAAGGUUGAGUAGAGAGCUGCUUUAAGAGAUUGAUACGAUGAUUAUUAUUCUCUUUUUAGAAAACAUUCAGUGUUGCGUAUAAUGAUAAUUAGAAAUACACUACGAUGUUGUUGUAAUGAACUAACUUGUUUCAGUAGUAUUAUUUAUUGUUCUGUAUUAUGAAAAAUCAGUCUUAAUUAAAAUUUGUGUAUAUGAUGGAAAUUAUAAUGGAAACUACAAACUUCUUGGCUGCACAUUUUAUGAUUUUAUUAAACUACGUUACUAGUUGACAGCCUAUAAUAUUAUUCUCAAAGGCCCUCGGUAUCUAUUGGAAAAAAUUGAGCUUUUCAGAAAUACAAGAACAAUAAAUUUUCGUCUACCACAUUUCAGCACAUCUAAUUAUGGCAAUGCCUGCAUUGUACGAGCAACUAUUUUGUGGAACCAACUUCCCGUCGGUAUUAAAAAUAUUCAGUCUUGAAGUAGGUUCUAUCUUGAGUGUCUUGGUUGGCUAAAUGGCAGAAAUUAGUUGUCUUGACAUUAUGUAUACCUUAGUAAUAAAAUGAGAUUAAUAGUAUAAGUUAGUUUCUUUUUCGCUCAAACAUGUAACUCAAUCUACAGGGUUUUCCAUUUCGGGCUUCCGAAAGUAUACAGACAACCGUUUGACAUAGCUGUCAACCAAAGCGUCAUAUCGUUGGUCAAAUGUCUGCCAUUUUACAAUAUGGAUCGUUUUAGCAUCGCACAACGUGUUAAUUUUGUUAAAUUAUACUAUAAAAAAGAUGAAAAACCGGCAAAUGUUUUUCGAGCAUUACGGACGGAUUUUAGUCGUCAUGGACGGCGUCAUGGAGCACACAAUCGCUAAUGUAGUGCGUAAAUUCGAACAAACUGGAUCCGUAGCGGAUAUUGUGAAACCUGUGCAUCAUCGUGAUGUGCGUUCGGCCGAAAAUAUUGCUGCUGUUGCUGCCAGUGUGGAGGAUGACCCGAAUGUUUCGAUUCCACGGCGUGCUCAGCAAUUGGGCUUGUCAAACACAUCAUUGUGGCGAAUUUUGCAUUUGGAAUUGCACCUACAUCCAUAUAAAGUCCAACUGGUACAAAAAUUAAAGCGUGGUGACCAUGGAAUGCGUCGGGCAUACGUCGAUUGGGUGAACGAACAACAGCAGCAAAAUGCUGAAUUUUCGCAUCAAAUUUUCUUCAUCGAUGAGGCACAUUUCGAGCUCGGUGAACACCCAAAAUUUCCGUAUAUGGGGCUCAGAAAAUCCACACGUGAUUGUUGAGAGGCCAUUGCAUCCGCCAAAAGUCACUGUUUGGUGCGCAUUAUGGUCUGGUGGAGUCAUCGGGCCGUAUUUCUUUGAAAAUGAGGACGGCGAGACGGUAACUGUGAAUGGUGAGCGCUAUGGCCGCAUGUUAACCGAUUUUUUUGCCACAAAUUGAAGAUAUGGAUACGGAUGACAUGUGGUUUCAGGAGGACGGCGCCACUUGCCACACAACACGACCGAACAUGGCCAUAUUGCGAACGAAAUUUGAGGGACGCAUAAUUUCGCGUUUUGGUGAUGCCAAUUAGCCGUCCAGAUCAUGCGAUUUGAACCCGCUAGACUUUUUUUUUGUGGGGUUAUGCGAAAGACCGUGUCUAUGCCAACUCUCCGCAAACUCUUGAACAUUUGAAAGACAACAUUCAUGAAGUUAUGACCGAGAUACCGCCCCAUAUGUGCCGAAAAGUCAUCGAAAAUUACCUGUUCCGGAUCAAGGUGUGCAAGGAAGCCCUAGGUGGACAUUUGAAUGAUGU